AUGACACCAAUUCACCCUCCGCUAUCAUUCCUGGCUGGGUUAAUAACAGCCCUUCUAGUUCUCACCUUCUUGAAUCGCGCGUCGCAGUCUUCAAACCCAGGGAUCAUAUCACCAUCUGGGGAAUACAAGCCGAUAACCCUUCACUCUGAGAACUGGAAGACAUGGUUGAAUCCUCAUCAAUCUGCCCUUCCCAGUGCAAUACAGACGUCGGAAAAUAAAUGGAAUAUUCUCCAUCACCUCGGGGGUAAUGGCCCCUGGAUUAAAAACAUACACCAUGGAGUGGCCUCCAGUCUUGAAACUCCGGAAGGCUGCUCAAUUGAUCAGGUGCACUUGGUAUGUACAGUUGCUGAUUCGAUUGUCAAAAAGUUAUCACGGCAUGGGGAACGAUAUCCCACGCAAUCUGUCGGCAAUCGGCAUUUGAAAUUUCUUAGGCGCGUGCAUGACACUGGAUACCCUCUUAAUGGAUCCCUUGCAUUUAUCCAAAAUUGGACCUAUCUCACUGACGAUCCGGAGAAUGACUUUGGUGAAUUAACACGUACAGGUCCGUUUGCUGGUACCUUGAGUUCAUUCACAACAGGUGUCCGAUUCCGGACACGAUAUGAACAUCUCAUACCCAAAUAUAUCCAAACACGGCUCUGGGCAAGUGAUUCAGGCCGCGUGAUUGAAACAGCCCGCCAUUUUGCCUCCGGGUUCUUUGGCCUGGAUUGGGAAACAUCUGAUAAAGCAGAGCUACAGAUCAUACCUGAAACAUUUGAGCGGGGUGCAGAUACUCUUACCCCGGGCGAUACCUGCUACAACUACCUUGAAGAUAUCAUCUAUGGUCAUGACAAUGGACAAGAAAUGCUCGCGCGUUUUCAGAAAAGCUAUACUCCUGGCAUUGCAAACCGGCUCAUCCAUGAAGGAAACUUCGGCCUCAAGGGGCUCUCUAGCACGGAGAUUUACGCGAUGCAGGAAAUGUGUGGGUUUGAGAUCAUGGUUCGAGGGUCGAGCCCUUGGUGUGAGGUGUUUACCAAGCAAGAAUGGGAACACUUUGAGUAUGCCCGUGACUUGAUUCAUUAUUAUCGUGCUGGGCCAGGCAAUCCCUAUUCUGGGGCAAUGGGAUGGCUGUGGUUGAAUGCAACCACCGAAUUGCUUCGUGAUGGGCCAGAUGCUGGGAGCCUAUUCUUCAGCUUCGUCCAUGAUGGUGACAUAGCGCCCUUGAUUACAACUCUCGGAGUCCUUGGAAGUGACAAGGAACAUCUUCCUACGACCCAUGUAGUAGCAGACCGCAUGUGGCGCAUCUCUUCUAUAUUACCCAUGGGCGCAAGGGUCACACUUGAGCGCAUGUCCUGCUCCGGAAACGAUGAGCCCUAUGUUCGAGUCAACAUCAACGACGGCAUUAUGCCGUUGCCGUUGUGCAAGUCAGGCCCCGGAGAGGCUUGUCCUCUGACUAGUUUUGUGAAUUAUGUUCACCGGCGCAAAUCAGAAGUAGGGGAAUUUGCAGAGAUCUGUGGCCUACAAGGUGAUAUUGGAAGCUUUACAUUCCUCCACCAAAAAUAA